UAUCCCGAUGCAGUAGUCGACAGCAUCCCGCGGGUGGUCGCGAUCGACCAGUGAAGGGCGGGAGAGCCGGCGAGCAGAGGGUUCGAAGGGAACCCCUGUCUCUCCCUCGCUCCCUCUCUGUCUCUCCCUCCAUAUCCUCCGUCCUGUACGAGUUCGAAAAAGUGGCCACUUUCGAGAGAAAGUUCCCGCGUGUUCGUGUGUUCUUCACUGCCACGGGCUUAUUACGACAUCAGGGUGGUUUAAGUUUCGUCUCGCGGAAUAAACACGAGGAGGGUGACGACGCCCAGUCGACGAAUUCGAGUGGCAAGAAACGAAGAGACGCCCGGUCGAACGACCAAGGCGAGUCCUCGAGUCCUGGCAAGUCUCCAACCCUGCUACGCACCGCCAAUCUGGCGACGUUCGAUGUCAGCACACCAGACGACCAAGUGUGUCGUUGCUAUUUUCAAGUAGAAAUUGUGGCCGAUUUACAGUUUGACCCGAGUGAAACCACAGACACGGGCAGCAGAAGUGCAGAAACUGCGAACGGGUAGAAAACGAGGAGAAAAAAUGCUUCUAAGCAGUGGCAACAGGGAACAGGUUCCCUUUGAACGCGUCAAGUGCUAAUAACUCUCGACGAAAAACUGUGCAUCGCGUGAAGAAUCGUAUCUAUAUAUUUGUAAACGCUUUUAUUCUGUAAUAUUUUGAGGAGACGCGCGUGUGCCAAGUUUCAUUCAACAAGCCAUUCGGAUAGGAAGCGUGUCUCGAUUCCAGCGAUAUGAAUGGAGACGAUUCCUGAAGAGCUCGCGAGGAAGAAGCGGGACGGUGUUUCCGUGCGAUCGGCACGUGCUCCGAUGAAUCGGGCGAGAUACGUGAUUGCCGGUAACGCGUGUGCCGAACGCUUUGAAGAAUCAACCGUUAUGACGUGCCACGGCGGAGAGAAGAAUUUUAGCAGAAGUAGCUCGGGAAGAUUCCGCGACUAUUUUAAGAACGACGUCGAAGAUCGUGAUUCAUGUGAGAAAGCUGGAAUCCGACGCGACCCGGGACACAUAUCUUUUGAUAGAACCGUCUAAAAGAAACUUAAUUUUUAUACUAUUUUUACGAGAACCCGCUCGUUGAAGUAGAAUAAAGGAGACGCGAUGGAGGGAAGGCCGAAAAUCGAAAUCGUCCGCGUGCCUUCGAACGAGCGCCCCAACUUCCGGUCCCUCGACGGCGUACGGAGCGGUCACAUUCGCGUGGGCACGUGCUGCCCGGAACCGGAAGUCAAAAUGGUUGUUUGCGACGGUAAACCGCCUAUCGAGCAGUCACGGAAAUUUAAAAGAAACCUGGGACCAGUCUCGAAACUGCUCAGACGUCGCCACCACGCGACGUAUCUUGCGACGAAAUCCUGUGAUAACAUUUAUAGCGUGAAUAGAAGUAGCGGCUCCUUAGACUGGAGAGUUAGUCAGACAGUGAACGAGCAAGGCCUUCAAUCCCGACAAAGCAGUAGCCUGGACUGGAGGGUAGGAAGGUCCGUCAACAAGUUGCAUUGGCGAGACACGACUCGUAGCGCGGAACAACUUUCGAGAAGCAGAGAUCACCUGCAAACACCCAGCACAAAGUCGAAACUGAUUUCGCUGCUACGACGACUUUCUCCUCGACUCUCCCGACCAGGAAGCAAAGGUUCCUUGCAAUCUUCCCCGACGAUCUGUCCAUGGGUUCAAGUCGAGUACUCCUCGGAGUCGAUCAACGAUGGUUUGCGGGAGGAUUCGCAGGAGAGCGACGCGAGUUUCCAGAGAGAACUGCAGCUGAACGAGCUGAAGAAACGAAUGGCUGGGAUUCCUACCAAUUCUCAGGUGACGGCGAAGGUCGUUAAGGAUGACAAGGAACGACAAGGCUCCUCGCAGCCCAGGAUACAAGUGCAACCACCCGAUAACGAGUGUAAUAACGCCAUCGAAUCAGAUGGGAAAGGAAAAAGAAAUGAGAUCGCGGGACAAAACGAAACGAAACGAAAAAUCAACAGUGUGCACGAGGAUCGCGGGGAGGAGGAUCGUGGACGAGCUACCGGACAAACACGCGGCGGUGGCGGCGAGGUAGCGGGCUUGGAGGACAUUGGCGAUUGCUGCGCCGCGACGCUGACGCCGUCGGUCCCCGGCACCGGCGGCAUCAGGUCGAAUCGCCGCACAAGGCCGGUCUCCCUUGCGGUUCAACCUCUUAAUUACCGUCGUCUCGAUCCGGACCCGAAAAUCCCAACCGGCGUCGUCACCAGACAUCAUCCUAACAUGACUAGCCAGGAGAGCAUCGGCAGCUGCAGUCUGGACGUCGACCAAUCCGCGUCCGACCGAUCAGAGAACACUGUAGAUAGCAUCUCGAAGAAGACGUUGCACAGUUUGAACUUGUCUUGCAACGGUGAUUCGGUAUCCUCGCCAGGCAAUCUAACGAACGGAAGCAGCGAAACGCUGCAGAAAUCCCAUCUGAGCCCGGAUGAGAAGUUGAACGUCAGCAAUGGUCAUCGAGACAGCCCAGAGCCAGAGCAGCUGACAGUGAAGAAACCGAGUUACUUGGGCCUAGCUUGCAGCAUCAGCGGUUAUUCGGGGAUCAACAGAUACGACAGCAAGUUGAGGGAAGGGUUUCGAUCGAGGGACAGUAGCCCUGGGACCAGGCUGAUCGACAGAGACACCAGUCCAGCAGGUUUUAGAUCGAACGAACAGCUGAACGUGCCAGCGCACCCUUAUCCGCCUAAGAGUCAAUCGAUCUCACCCUUAGCGAUGGAGAGGCAAAACGGUUUCUCGAAUGGCUUGAAGGAGGAGUGUAAACUGGAGACGUACAGAGAAUCGAGAACUUCGAUCAGCAUAUGUCAAGGGUAUUCCGAAGUCGACAAGGGUGUGAUGCAUUCGACGUUCACCGAAGUCAGCCCCAUUCGACCCAACACCCCGACGAAACGCACCCCUGGAGUGUCGCAGAUCCUGUCUUGUAGCCAACAAAAUAAAUCAUUCUCCUCGCGUUUCUCGGCUUCGUCGCCGAAACAAGUUGCGUCUAAUCUAUCGAACGCUUCGUUCAGCGAUACGAGCAUAUUGAACGGCUCGAACGUCGAGGUGGAGAGCCAAGUAUUGAACAACAGUUCGAGCAGCGAGAAAUCGUUCAUUCAGCAACGAGUGGAACGGCUUUACGGACCUGGGGCACUCGCCCAGGGGUUCUUCUACAAACGCAGCACCAGCAGGCUGAACACCAGCGAGAAUAGUUUCAAUAAUUCCGGCAACAACAACGACGCGACGGCGGACAAUGCGAAUACGGAGGAAUCUUUGAAGAAUCUACCAGUGUUGAGACACUUGAGACCCGAAUUUCGGGCUCAGCUUCCGGUGGUCAGCCCAAGAAGACCCACUGAUGGUUCUGAACAAGUUCUGAAACCUCUCCAAAGGGUAACGCCGGUGUCACGGAAAGUCGAGCAGAAAGCAAAAAUACCAACGGCUUCGAAUUUAGACGGAAAUAUCGCGGAGAGCGGUGCACAGAAGCUUAAUUCUAGCGUGACCAGCAUCCCAGACCAGCAGCCGGCUGCACCAAAAGUAGUCUUACCUGUCUUGGAACCGAGCGCUAGUUCGACGAACGUGGCGAAACAGGUUCAAGAGGCGGAGAAAACGGUCGAGGAGAAAAAUGGACAUUACUUUAUGAAGCUGUUGAAACAGGAGACGGACAGGCUUCUGUUGUUGGCUGCGUCGGCGGAAGCGGAGUUGGCCAGCGGCGAUACCGUCGCACUUCCGGAAGAGGCAGCCGGAAAACUGCGCUCGGCUGCGGGCAAAGCCAGGUUACUGGCUUCCCAGAAAAUGCAACAGUUCGAGGGAUUGUGUCAGAAAAAUAUUAAUCAGGUUCCAGGGGAAGAAUUUCCAACGACGAACGAGGAUCUGGCCGGCUUCUGGGACAUGGUGAUGCUGCAGGUGGUCCAAGUAAACGAGCUGUUCAACCAGAUCGAAAAAUUACGAAAUUCCCAGUGGCAAGAGACGGUGCCGGAGAAGAAGAAGACAGCCGCGGCUCCGCAAAACGGUAGCACGACGAAACGUCGUGUCACGCCUGUUCACAAAGUAAAAUCGACGGCGAACAGCGAGGCGAACAAAAAAGCUCGGGAAGCUCGCGAGCAGGCUCGAAGGCAAUUAAUCGAGGAACGAAGGCGGGCGAUGCGGUCGAACGCGCAAAAUUCCGAGAACACCGUCAAGAUUUUCGCUCCGGACACGUAACGAUAAGAAAAAGAGAGGAAAUAAUGGCAGGGAAUCAAACGCCUCGAGCCAAAUCAAAGCACGAUAAUCUUUAACGCGUUUCCUUUUCUCAAACGGCUCGAUUAUUCAGCUGUCUGGUGCAUAAUUAAUAAAAGCUUUUGUGAACCGAUCGUAUUCGAUCGGUGAUGCUCAUCGUAUUUUACGACGAUUAAAUAAAAAAAAAAAUACUCGCGUUGUGAAAAGAGAACGGACGCGAUUUCGCCCACGGUUUUUCGCGUCUGGUCGCCCGCAGAUUACGCGUCAGACGAUUUCGUAGGAAGUUGAUUAUAAAGAAUCGCUGAUUAUGCUUCGGCCAUGAUCAAGCUCCCUUUAAUACGGUCGAUAGAACGGACAGUUUUGCCUACAUCGAUGCAAUAAGGUGAUCGAAGCAAGAUUUUUUUAGCAGUUUACAAUUUUAAUUAAGGUACGUUCUAACGUUUCUACGCACCCUUCGUUUCCCUUCGAUUUUACACGCUGUGAUGUUUCGUGCUAAUCUUGUUACGUUUUAUAUCGAUUUACGGUGUCGUUCGAUUUCUACGAUAUUUAAUGAUUUCAAACGUUUUGGGCAUUCUCAAGCUCGUGUUUCGCGUUUCUUUUUUUGCAAGUUAAUCACGACGAGUUUUAAUGUUUGACGAUGGAAUGGAUUUAUUCGAUGUGGUUAAAAAUAAUGGCUCAGAGACUGCCUUUUGUCUAUAGAAAUUAUGUUUUUUCAUUUUAAUAAGAAGUUACUCGCGUAGAGCUAUCGGAUCGUAUUUCUAUAUCGCGUUUCAUCGAGUAACUUAUAUUUAUACGAUGACGUAUUGUAUAGAGAAGAAAUUGCAAGAGGAUAUUAAUGAUCAGCAGGAUGAUAGAGGAGUCUAUACUUGAUGCCACGAGAGUCCAUAACUAACGACGCCCAGGUUGGAGGAUGGUGGGGGAACGCAGCGAGCUCUCCGCCAAUCGGUUUCCACUUCGUCUGGGAGUAUCGCCAAUCAGAGCGACGAUGCGCAGAAAAGAACGAAAACUGGUCUUAUCGUAGUUAUGGACUCUCGUGACAUCAAAUAUAUAUUAGUCACACGUUAGAAGGUUAAAAGAAAGAAUCGCCUAGAUCCAAAGAAGACCGUGCAGAUUUUUGUUUCGCCGUUCUUCUUGAACUAGGCAACAUCGUCACGUAGUUUAUUUUAAACUUAUAUGUAUAUAAUUUUUUUUUAAAUAUCGUGCUCGCCUAAAAGUUCCGUUCAAGAACGAUUGAGAUUGAAAGAGGAUCGUGAGUUGCGGGUCAAACCAGAAUGAUUCCUAUUAUUUUAAUUAUCCAUAUCGUUUCUAAUAACGCCUUAUUAUUACUCUUUUAAUACCCCGAUCGUAUUAUUUUAAUCGUAUUAACACACCUGAAACGAGACACGUUUGUCGAAACUGACAUUCCCGUAGAAAGCGACGGUCUCGAGGCACCCUCCCUGGUAGUUUUUCAUAAUUCUCACUUAAGUUUAAGGUGUAAUUAGAGCUCGUCCAACCAAAUAACAUUAAUUAAGUAACUCUCAAGCGCGCAGAAUGACGCGUUAUCCAUUACACGUGUGCUGGCGAUUGUAUUUUUAUUUUAUUACUUGCGCGUUGAAAUCAAUGAAAAUGAAAUGAAAAGAAAAAUAAUUCACGAAGCGUCGUUCCGCUCGAGUUGAGGCAGGAUGACGCGUGUCAGGCCGCGUUAUUUAUUGACUGUUGAUUCCCUUGGUGCCUUGAUUAUUUAUACGUGUGUACAUACAUAAAUCGACUGACAACCGCGACGCUUGGACGCUUGAUUAUCGCGUCGUGUCACUCUCGAUCGCCUGGGUCACAUUCGAGUCACCGACAAACGUUUCGUCCACGUUAUUUUCAUUGCUGCUACUUUACUGACACAGUUUGAUAAUCUGAAUCAAUUAUUCUUUUCCUUCAUUCUUGUUUAUUGUACCACUGGAACUUGCGAUUUGCGUGCUGGAAUUUCGUGGAAGCCUUUGAUCUUCGACGAUUGAUUUAUGACUCAAUCGAAGUAAUAAGUAAUAAAUCAGUGAAACGUUGUCAAUGAAACUUUUGCCCCUGAUUCUAAUGUAACCCUGGUCGUGCAUCGAUCGAAGAACGAACAUCGAUAAAUGAGAAUAAAAUGAUGGCUCUUUAUCACGUUGACUGCCAUGUAACCCAUAUUUAAGUGGCAUCUGAAUUUCCAUAGAAAACCAUUACCCAUAUUAUUAGAAAUUAGUUGAUUUUUCUGAUUAGAAAUAUUUCUAUUAGGCAUUUGAAAUGAUGGCUAAUUGGGAUAAUGAAAUAUUCUAAGAUUUAUUAAAAUCAUUAAAAUACUGUAAUGAAAUUUUCACUAACGUUUGCGUAGCAGUCGACGUCUUAAGAACUUUCUCUAUAAUUUUGAUGAUACAGAUACUAAGUGAUUUUGUUCUCAUUUAUCAAUUUCUGCCUAAUUAGGUUCGAUCGUAGGGAAUGAACGCGCGGGAGUAGCAAUUAAUUUUUCUCUUUCUUAUUUUAAUGCAGCAAUCGUGUGACUGUACAUAAGCGUGAUAGAACAAUGUAUGGCUGUAACGGUGUAAUUUUUUCCGAAGUCGAGAUAUGUAUAUGUAGGUGUGUAGAUUGGCCAGAAAAACACAGUCCACGUAUCGUAAUUUAGUUGCUCCUUAUCUUUCCUUUCAUCGUGCUAAGUUAAUCCACUUCUCACCUGUAUAUUACGCGUCCAGGUGUUCGCCUUAAUCCCGCACGUAGUAAUUUAUAUUCAGAACAGUGUCCCCUUAGCAUCCGUGCCGCCUUUACGACACCAUUUUCAAGAUUUCGAUCCAAAGCAGCGUAUUACGAGGGUGAUCGUCGUGAACCACGAUCGUGUUUCAAUUCUUCGAAACAUUUAUCACACGAUUAUGUUGUUACUUUAAGAAACGAACGAUCUGUUUUUUUGCGUUGCGUGAGAAACGAGAUCGGAACUGGCCGAGAACGGCAGAAAGCGCAAAUUUUUUUACUUAUCCUUCGAACGUUUCGACGUCAAUCAGUCGCGUUACACGUCGAACGUUCCUAUUCUUUUUUUAUGCGGACACAUAAACAGUUACGAUUAUUUAUUUAUUAGAUACUAGUAAGCUGUCCAUACACUUGUUCUCAGUGAAUUAAUAAAAAAUGAAGAAAAACAUGGA